CCCUAAUAUGCAACCUUCCCUAGUACCUUCUCCCCUCUCUCACAAUACCUUCUCUCUGACGGCGAAGAUCGAGGAUGGCCAAUGAUGUUAAAGUCGGAGUCGGAGUCGACGGCGUUAUUGGUUCUCGUCAUCGAUGAUGAUCUGUACGGUGAAGAUUGAAGUAAUUGGCAUACUAUUAUUUACGAUGAGGAUAAAGAGAAGAAGUUGCUUGCCAAAUAGUAGAUCGAGAAGAAACCGAGCCAGAGCCAUGGUGGGGUUGAAGAAUAAGAAGAAGAAGAAGGCAGAGAUCAUUGCAAAUCAUAAAGAAGAAGAAGCCAUGCCUUUGCCUUUCCUUCCCGAGCAUCCUGUUGUCCAAAUACUCUCGAAACUGCCUGUCAAGUUUCUGUUGCAAUUCAAGUGCGUGUCGAAACCAUGGCGCUCUUUGAUCUCCGAUCCAUGCUUCAUCAAAACCCACCUCAGUCAGUCAGUCACAAAGUCCGUACUCAUAGCCACGUCCCACCCUCCAUACCGUCUCUACACCAUAAGCUUCGGAUCAGCCAGUAAUGACAUUGUGGAAGCAAAGGUUGAAUUUUUAUUUCAGAACAUUAAGCCUCAUCCCAGGUGUGAAAUUAUUGGCUCCUGCAAUGGGUUGAUAGCCAUGGGCGUAGAAUCCGAUGAUAUUUACCAUAAAGGAAAUUAUGGGGUUUCCAUAUAUGUAUUCAAUCUUUCAACGAGGGAGUCCAAGGAAAUACCCGAUUGCGAUUCCCCUGGUGGCCUAAUUGGAUUUGGGUAUGACCAGUGCUCUGAUGAUUACAAACUGGUGAGCGCACGCAGCGAUAGCAUCUAUGUAUAUUCACUGAGAAUUGGUUCUUGGAGAAAAGUUCACGACUUUCCGGACCACUUUCAUGUUGUACCUUAUGGGACACAGCUGAAUGGAGCCCUUCAUUGGCUUCGUUUCAGAAUGAACAACAAUUUAGACAUGACAUUAGAGAUUGCUGCUUUGAGUUUGGCGGAUGAGAAGCUGUGGAAGAUUCCUUUGCCUACUUCCUUCACCAAGUUCCAACUAAGGACAUGCCACAUGGGGGUGUUUGAAGGAUGCCUUUGUGUACUAUCUGGUUGUGGUGAUGCAAUUUGGGUUAUGAAGGAAUAUGGGGUGAAGCAAUCUUGGACUAAACUUGAUAUCAAAGUCCCCUUUUCACAUAAAUUGGAGCCAUUGGGUUUGUUGAGGAAUGAUGAAGCUCUGCUGUUGAUAGACUACACUAAAUUAGUUUUAUACAACAAAAGAGAGGGAACAUGCAAGGAUCUUGUCAUACACGGCAUUGAAAAAGAAGAGGAAAUUCAUGCAACCAUCCAUGUAGAUAGUUUGCUUUCACCCUUCAUGAAAAUGUGAUAGAGGGUAGAAAAAAGUAAAGCCAAACAAAAGUGUUACUUUGAUAUAUAUGCCAGAUGAACUUUUUUUUUUUCACCCAUUAUGGCAUUAUAAUGAUUCAUGUUGCAUUGUCUCUAAA